AUGCCUCACGAGCCGGCCGCCGUGCCCCACGGCUGGCACACUCACGUUAACCAAGCUCUCCAUCACGAGUCUGCACCACCAGCUUGUAUAAAGGUCCUCAACAAUGUGGGCAUUCUUUUUCAUGGCAGUGAUUCUGGUGGAUGCAAGCCCUUUGACCAGCAUGGUGGGGCCACACCACACAGCGGGGGCUUGGAGGAGUUAAAUGAGGCGUUAGCACCUGGAAGACACCCAGAGCCUCCCAUCCGGGCACAGAUAAAAGCCAGAUCUCUUCCUGUGGGAAACAUACACCUUUGUUCCCAGGGUGUUCCUGUGGACUGCUUCUUUGUAAGAUGCAAUGGAGCCCUCGUUGCGACUGGAGACACGGUGCAGCAUGGAGCUGUGUACACACUGGAGCCAAGACUUCGUGGGGGAAAAGGAGGUUUUGGGUCUAUGCUACGUGCUCUUGGUGCUCAGAUCGAGAAGACAACCAAUCGAGAAGCUUGCCGGGAUCUCAGUGGGAGGAGACUACGAGAUGUCAAUCAUGAGAAAGCGUUUAGUAGUUCAUUUUUUAUGUGCUGCACGUUGACUGUAAUGACUGCGUUGCUGGCCCUCCACUCCUGUGGCCCUUCCUUGCUGGGUAUGCAGGCCGCCUCCAGCAAAUUGGUAUCUGCUGAGACUGGUGAGCCCAGGAUACGGCCCCGAAGACCAGACACAGACCCUGGACCCCAUGCAAGGAAAAGGAAGUGCUUGUGGUUGGGCAUGGAGAACCUGGAGACUGAGGAAGUGUCCUCAGAUGAGGACAGUGAGACAGCGCCGGCUGCUACAGGACUGAGCUGCUCUGCUCCAGAAGGUGGUCGUGGCAGUGCUGUGAUGACAGCCGAGUCCCCCUGCUGCUCUCAGAGUGUGGGGGCAGCCGGUGCAGGCGCUGCGGCCCCGGCAGAACCCGAAGGCCAGCUGACUGACCCCGGGGCGGGCAUUGCCGAAGCCAGAGAGGCGCCCACUGAAGAGUGCCAGGGGGAGGAGGUGGGAGGAAAAGCAGAGGAGAUCCAGGGGAGAAAGGAGACAGAGAGUCGCGAGCCUGCUGAAGACACAGCCGCCGCCAGGCUGACGGAGGGCCAGGAGGCAGCGGGGGUCGCCGAUGGAGGCAGGGCUGCCCUGGUUGAGCGUGGAGAAGACACCCCGAGUGCCAGACCGGAGCGGGGCCCGGCAGGCCACGCAGUUCCUGGGCAAGGAGCGCUGGACUUGUUGGCUUUUGGCAGUGCAUCGGAGCUGGAGCAGCUGGGGUUAGAAAGGCUCAAGUGGGAGCUGACCUUGCGGGGGCUGAAGUGUGGGGGUGCCCUGCAGGAGCGGGCGGCCAGGCUCUUCUCCGUCAGGGGGCUGGCUCCGGAGCAGAUUGACCCCGCCUUAUUUGCCAAGCCUGGCAGGGGAAAGAGGAAAUGAGAAGGGGGGGUGGGGGGCAGCCGUAUGCAGUCGAUCUCAGGGUUGGGCUUCUUGUGACCAGAGGUCCCCAUGAUACUGAAAGCAGCUUCUCCCCUUUUGUUACUGCAUACAUGGAAUCAAUGUGUGAAACCCUCUUGGGGCCUGGUGUUUUCUUUAUAGGAGGUUUUGUAUAUACAUUUUAGCGUCUUAAAUGUUG